AUGCCGCUAAACGGGUUGAUAAACGCGCCGCUGCUCGAACUUCUGCAAAAGUGGGAGGCCAAAAGGAUAAACUUACAGAACGUAUGUCUCUGCUUGUACCACUUGAAAAAAAAUAUACUCCAAAAAUGGGCCGGUCGAAAGGACUUUCUAUUAAGCAGCAUCAACGAUGUCACGAUUACCAAAUUUGUGGAUCAACUGGACGUGAACCGAAGCGGAACCGUUGCAGACAGCACAAAGGAUAAGUACUUCUUUCUAGCAUUUGUAACGUUCGUCUUUAACACAGAAAAUGAACUUUUCAGGAGGAGCUGCCACAUGACCAAAGAGGUAGAGGAAAACUUCUGCAGGGUGUACAAUCAAGAUUGUGGAAGUGGAAAAAAAAACAAAGGCAAGAGAACUGAUGAGGAAUCACAAAAGGGGGCACUACAAAAAAGGAUAGAGGAUGAUAAGAAGGACUUAUUGAACAAAAAGGUGGGGCAUCAUCAAAUGGGAAAGCCAAAGGAGGAAUCACGUCACCCCAAUAACGUCUUCGACCAGUUUGACGUACUCAUAAAAAGGGCAAUCGAUCUGGAGGUAAUAAAUCACACACACGGGGAGGGGAACAAAUUGCUACGUUGCAAAAUUUAUGUAUUUUAUGUUUUCUUAAAAUUUAUAUUUUCCCUUACAAAGGACCUCCCCCAGAUUAGCAAGUACUAUUUGAAGCGUGUGAGGAAUAUCCUACAGAACCUGAUGAGCAUACCGUUGGGAUUCCUGGGGCAAAGUGAAUAUCUUGUCCACCUUGCAAACGUCACGCUGCUCCUGAUUGUGCAUACUAAUUUUCCUGCCGUGAAAGAUUGCGAAAGGGAAUUCUUAAACUUCUUAAUUAUGCAGCUAAACAGGAGGAAGUACUCCCUUCAUACCAUUGAAAAAAUCCUUGUUACCUAUUUGAAGAAAAAAAAAAACAUCAUUUUAAAUGACCAAAUUUAUCAACAGUUACAAAGCCAUUCCAAUGAUAAUAUUAACUUAUUUUUAAAAUAUGGGAAAAAAGAAAACUUGUUCUUUUUCUUCAACCUUCUGUGCCUUUUUAAUGGUUUACUCCAUGCCCGCCUUAGCAACUCCAACCAGAAUAUCUACUUUGUAAAGCAUGUAGAAUGCGUCAACAUAAAUGUAAGCAUUAAGGAGAUGCUGGGAAACGUGCAGAAAGUGCUGCACUACUUGGGAACCAUGUCAAGCGAUUAUUUGGCCAACAAAAAAAAAUUGGACAUAUCUCUCACCGGGGGGGGGGCAUACGUCUACUGUAAGGAUGAACCACCACAGGAGGAAUUCACCAUUGAGGAAAUCUUAAAAGGGAGGGAAGUAAUGGGGAAGGAAGUAAUAGAGAAUGAUCCACAGGAAAUGUCCCAGGGUGGUUUACCCCAGGGAGAGAAAAAUAGACAGCUACCCAACCUCUUUACCUACAUAAUCGAUAACGUAUUUUCUUUUUUUCGGGGCCUCAUAAAAGAACAAGACGCAGAAUCUAUAAGCAUGAACCUAAACCACUUGGUGAAUUUUUUAAAACUAUUCUUCAUUCACAAUAACGAAUCGGAUUUAUUUUUAAUAAAUUUCGUUGGAACGAAUUUUACUACUUAUUGUAAAGAACUGCUGGAGAAAUGCCCGUCCGCGCUGGACGAAUUGGUCAGCCCUAUUAUGUGCCUCUUUAGGGUUGUAAAUAUGUUGACCCAAAAUACGCUUCACGGAGGGGCAGCGGUAAAAUUAAUGAACAUUCUCAGCAGCUUAGCAGAAAUUGAAAGGGGGGGAAGUUGCCAAAAUGGAGAAAGUGACCAAAGCGGGAAAGGUCUCCUCCCCGAGGAAAGCAUCCUCCACAGACUGUACAACAACGCUCUUCACACCCUCUCCGUUUUCCUCAAAAAUGUAGAGACGUACUCAAAUGAACAAGUUAAAGAAAAGAUCUUCAUCCAAUACGAACACUUCCUAUUUCGCAUCCUUGAUAACGAAACGAAUGCCAACUUUGAUCUGAUUUUCCGAAACAGCACUUCCCUGUACUUAACGUUAAAGCUGUUUUUCAUUUUGGUGAAGCUACACAAAUUUGACUUUGAAAAUGUACAUAACCUUUUUUUUAAGUUAAUCAAAUUGGAGACGGAACUCCCCACAGCCAGUCAACAAGGGGCUUCCCUUUUUUAUAGAAAUGGCCUACACAGUAAUGCCGCGUUACUGCAAAAAAUAAAGACAUUCAUUUUAUCCAAUUUGGAUUUAAUUUCUCGCGACACGGGGAGGACCAAAGUGGAGAAAGUGGAGCGGCUGGAACGGUUGGCAAAAUCGGACGUGUUGGGACGGGCCGAUAUCUUGUCCCUGUUUGAACACCCCAUCACGGGCAGCAAUCCUAGGGGAAAGCUCCAAACUAACUUCAAAGAGAGCCCACGCGCUUCGCAUAUGAACGACGAGGUGACUACGACCUACAACGGAACGAAAAAAAACAAGAGGGCUCUCGAAAAGACGAAACUGCAAGGGGGAACCGACGGAACAUGGGAAAACAUACACGCGGAAGAUACGGAGAAGCAGAGGAGACAGCAGAACGGGCAACAGAAGGAGCCGCUCGAAACGAAUCACAGCAGCCACGCGGAGGGCGGACCCGUAAAUUUAAAAGAGCUAGCAGAUAACGUAAAAAUGGUGUCGCCGUCCGAUGCCCUGAAUUCCCUGCAGUACAUGAAGCAGUCGAUCCUGAAUGACUUAUAA